CUUCACCUCAUAAAGCCGCUCAUACAUAUAGACAGCCGCUAGUUGGCUAAACGGCAUCGAGCGAAACCAAAAGAAGAGAGAAAGACAUCAGCUUUUGUCGACCGGGUUACCUCACCUGGCACGCACGCACUUACCCAACCUCGACUGGGGACGCAGAUAAUCCACGAUAAGACGUUCAAACGGCGGGGAGAACAGAGCUAGUAUCGAAGGACGGCUCCGUCGUUGGCGAAACAACUCGCGCAUAUACGUAGUUUUAGCUCGCUAGCCCGGCUAACGACGCUAGCACCCGAGAAGAAAGGCCUCGUCGAGUUUGACCCAGCGUCAGUUAUUUAACCGGAGAGCCAAUCAUCCUGGCAUAUCACCGCCGACCCCCUCACCACUUGGAUCGGAAACCUUGAGAUUAAAGAGCAGAACAUCGCAGAGAGGAUGGCCCUGAAACGGAUCCACAAGGAGCUUAAUGACCUGGCCCGUGACCCCCCAGCGCAGUGCUCGGCUGGCCCAGUGGGCGAUGACAUGUUUCACUGGCAAGCCACAAUCAUGGGACCUAGCGACAGUCCAUAUCAGGGAGGCGUUUUCUUCUUGACAAUUCAUUUUCCAACAGACUACCCCUUCAAACCACCCAAGGUUGCAUUUACAACAAGAAUUUACCACCCAAAUAUUAACAGUAACGGCAGUAUCUGUCUGGAUAUUCUCAGAUCACAGUGGUCUCCUGCACUUACUAUUUCUAAAGUUCUUCUCUCCAUUUGCUCACUCCUAUGUGACCCGAACCCCGACGACCCGCUAGUGCCAGAGAUCGCACGAAUCUACAAAACAGAUACUCAGAAAUACACCAAAAUGGCAAAAGAAUGGACACAAAAGUACGCGAUGUGAUGGAACAGUUCGGAAAGCUGGUGGAAAAUGUUGCUGGUUCAAGCUUAAAAUUCCAGGAUCCUGUUUUUUCUUUUUCACUUUAUUAUUAUUAUUGUUUAUUUUUUUUGGUUAAUCAGAGCAUUUUACCCCCGUUUUUGUUUUUUUUUUCCCCACCUGCGCGGUCAUAAGAAGAUAGUGUUUUCUCUCUAGGACACGUGCCAGUUUUCUGUGAUGUUUGAGCUCCUGUUUUCUAUGGAGUUAUUAACAAAAAAAUAAGAUUAUGGUUCGGAGCACUCGGCUUGAGCAUGCACCAGUGAGAGUUUUUCAACCCGAGAUUGGUGAUGUUAGUCAUUUUCCUCUGCACACACUUGGUAGAAUCUGAUGCAGCCAAUCGGCCUCUGGUCGCUCAAAACUUCGCCGGUUUCUGAGAGCACUUGUAGCAAAGCCCGUGUUUUGCCAUGACCCUGAAUUUUUAAAGUUUCAAAUCGGCCUAAUUCUGCUGCAUUUUAUUUGAAAUCUAAAAAUACAAAUUCUCUGACAGGUUCGGGAAACGCUUGGCGCUCUCCUGGACCGAUAUUUUUCUUCUGAUCGAUAGUAUAGUAAUCUAUUACCUGAGGAAAGAAGUGUAUCUUAUUCCACUAUCAAAGUGUGUACAGAGAAGCACAGCAGUAUAUAUCAAUGUUAAGGAAACAAAAUAUAAGAACUUCAAUGUUGUAUUUUAUGCAUGUUAAUAAAGGUAGGCUAUUAUAUCUGAUGUUUCUGCGAAUUAAGUGGAUUGUAAAGACUGAACAGUUGGACGAAUUUGGUCCCCCUCAAAAGCUUUCUAUUUCUUUUUUCUUUUUUUUUUUUGUUCUUUAGAAGCCAGUAGAUGAGCAGUUAGUUUUACGCCCACUUAAACACUGUCUUCUUGUAGCCCUAAAAUAUUGGUGCAAAGCUGAUGGUUGAUAAUCAACUUGUGGCUCUGUUUCUUUUUAGUUUUCCCUUCAAUAAAGUUACUUAAACCAUAA